AUGUCCCUGCCCGCAGUGAGACGCCUGACCCACACCUCUCCCCGCACUUUGGCCCGCAUCUCCAGACUGCCCACUUUGGCUUCUUCCCCCUUCAUCACUCCCCGUUUCUCUGUUCCUCGCACUCCUCGCUUCUCUACCAUGGCCGCUCGUCAGUCUGCCGCUCCGGCAGUUCCCACCGAUAGGGCCUACGAUCCUGAAAUACAGGAUAUGGCCUCUUACAUCCACGGCUACAAGGUGGACUCUGAUUUGGCGUACGACACUGCCCGUCUGGUCUUCCUUGACACCCUUGGCUGUGGUCUCGAGGCUUUGAAGUUCAAGGAGUGCACUAAGCUCCUUGGCCCCGUUGUGGAGGGUACUGUCGUCCCCAAUGGUACCCGUGUCCCCGGUACUCCUUACCAGUUAGACCCCGUCAACGGUGCUUUCAACAUUGGUGCCAUGAUCCGUUGGCUCGACUACAAUGACUGCUGGCUGGCUGCUGAGUGGGGUCACCCCUCCGACAACCUCGGUGGUAUCUUGGCUGUGGCUGAUUGGAUCUCCCGCACCAACCGCGCCGGUGGUAACCUUGGCAACGGCAAGAUCCUGAAGAUUCGCGAUGUUCUGGAGGCCAUGAUCAAGGCCCACGAGAUCCAAGGUGUUCUCGCCCUGGAGAACUCCUACAACAAGGUCGGCCUCGACCACGUUGUCCUUGUCAAGGUUGCGACCACCGCUGUCGUCUCCAAGAUGAUGGGUCUCACCGAGCAACAGACCGCCGACGCUAUCACCCAGGCUUGGGUUGACGGCCAGUCUCUUCGUACCUACCGCCACUCGCCCAACACCAUGUCGCGUAAGUCGUGGGCUGCCGGUGACGCUUGCCAGCGUGCUGUCAACUUGGUCCUCAAGGUCCAGAAGGGUGAGGGUGGUCUUCGCACCGUUCUCUCUGCCCCUACCUGGGGCUUCUACGAUGUCCUGUUCAAGGGCAAGAAGUUCGAGUUCCAGCGUCCCUACGGCAGCUACGUUAUGGAGAACGUUCUGUUCAAGGUUUCCUACCCUGCCGAGUUCCACUCCCAGACCGCCAUUGAGUGUGCCCAGAAGAUCAACAUCAGGCUCGCCGAGAUGGGCAAGAGCGCCAAGGACAUCAAGGAGAUCACCAACCGCACGCACGAGGCAUGCAUCCGCAUCAUUGACAAGCAGUUCAAGGAGAUGGACAACUUCGCCGACCGUGACCACUGCGUCCAGUACAUGGUUGCCACCAUGCUCGUCUUCGGCCGUCUGACCGCCAGCGACUACGCCGAUGGCUCCGAGGCCGCCACCUCCCCUCUGUUGGAGGAGCUCCGCAAGAAGAUCCGCUGCGUCGAGGACACUCAGUUCACCGCUGAUUACCAUGACCCCAGCAAGCGUACCAUCCCUAACGCUCUGACCGUCACCCUCAAUGACGGCACCGUCCUUGAGGAGAUCGCCGUUGAGGCUCCUCUGGGUCACCGUCUCCGCCGCGAGGAGGCCAAGCCCGAGAUUCUGGCCAAGUAUAAGCGUCACCUGGAGGCGCACUUCGACAAGGCCCGCGUCGACGAGCUGCUGCAGGUGGGCUGGGACCGCCCUCAGCUUGAGAACUACGAUGUCGACAAGUACGUCGACCUCUACGUCAAGGACAAGGUCAUUGCCUCUUCUUAA